AUGCGUAUAAUGGAUAUUGAGCUGAUAAGUGCUGUGGUUGUCUCGUAUUCGAAGAUACUGCAUGAGAUGCAGGAGAUGAAGGCAGAUAUCAAGUCCAUUACAAUGAGUAUGAAGAAUUAUUUGUCCACAUCUGCAAACUCGUCAAUGGAAAGCAGCCAGGAACCAUGCAUUCGUAUUGAAAGCCAAAGUGAUUCGAUUGACAUGCAUAAUACAUCUAGAAGCAAUGAAAUUAUUAGAAAUACAACUUCUAAUAUAACAUCUGAGAAUAAUGCAAAUACUAACAAUAAAGAUACCGGUAAUGCAACUGAUGCACUAGUUGAUGAUCAUAACGGCCCGUGUGCCUGGUUUUUCAGUGAGAUUGAGAAAGAAAUAUGA